UACAUUAUAUCUAUUUCGGUUACUUGAGAAAAAACUUCAGAAAAAACACGCUUACAAACUCAUGAAAUAAAUAGCACUCGUUCUGUCAAUGGUAAAUAUGCCACAUUAUUUCCAGUACUCAGGAACUAUCCUGAAAAAUUCAUAGAUUAUAUGCGAAUAAAAGUUUCUACUUUUGAAUAUGUGCUAAGUAAAAUUACUCCUUUGCUUAUGAAGAAUUUGUGUAAUUUUCAUGUUCAACCUAUCAUGCCAGAAGAACGAUUAGUUUUGACACUCAGAUUUGUAGCAACAGGCAAUACUUAUUCUGAAUUGGCGUUUUCCUUCAAAAUGGGAAUAAAAACUUUUUCCAACAUUAUAUCAGAGACAAUGAAUUGUUUAUGGUCAGUUCUUUCGCCAUUACAAAUGGCCGUUCCAUCCGUCGAUGAUUUUAUUAAAAUAUUGGAGGAUUUCAAAACCAAAUAGGACUUUCCGCAUUGUAUUAGAUCCAUAGAUGGUCGCCACGUAUCGAUUAAAAAGCCAGCCAAUUCAGGAAGUCUCUACUAUAAUUAUAAGGGUUAUUAUUCGAUUGUUCUGCAAG